GAAAAAAUCUCUGACUGAUAAACACCAUGAGCCAGGCCAUCAUCUCCCCCUCUGUUCUCGCUAGCGACUUGUCCAACCUCACCAAUGAGUGCCGCCGGAUGAUGUCUAACGGCUGCGAUUGGCUUCACAUGGAUGUCAUGGACGGCCACUUUGUCCCUAACAUCACCAUGGGCGCUCCCAUCCUCGAACACGUAUACAAGAACGUACCCGACAUCUUCAUGGACUGUCACAUGAUGGUCUCUAACCCUGCCCAGUGGGUACCUGAGAUUGCCAAGGCUGGCGGCAAACUGUAUACCUUCCACUAUGAGGCUGAACCCACUGAGACUGAAAAGGUCAUUGACCUCAUCCACGAACACAAGAUGCUCGCUGGUCUCGCCAUCUCCCCCCAUACCCCGUCUUCCGCCAUCACCGACUCUCUCGGCUCCAAGGCUGACCUUUUGCUCGUCAUGACUGUCCGACCCGGACAGGGUGGACAAAAGUUCAUGCCUGAAUGUCUGGAGAAAGUGACAGAGCUGAGAGCGAGGUUCCCGGGCAAGAACAUCCAGGUCGAUGGCGGUGUCGGGAGCGGAAAUGCUUGUCAAUGCGCCAAGGCCGGUGGGUCCCAUCCCUCAAUAUUCGAAGGGAGGUGUAUUGCAUGACGGGGCCGCUAACAGAACCACGCAGGAUCCAACGUUCUUGUCGCUGGUACUGCCAUCUUUGGCUCCAAAGACCCCAAGCAGACCAUCUCGGAAUUGCGCUCUGCUGUUGACACGGCCAUCGCUGAGCGCAAGUGAGAUCGCUCGAGUAGCGUCGUUCAUCAAACCCAACCUGGGGUUUAUGUAGACUGUAGUUUCACUCUGACGAUAUGAAUCUGCAUGUACAGACGUUCGCAUUGGUGGAC